CAGAGACGGACGGGCACACGUUCGGGCUGCUUCUCCAGUCAGUUACGACUCACGAGUUACAAGCCCCACCAUCUCUCUCUCCCUCCCUCGCUGUCUUUCUCUCCAACCUGCAACCAAAAUUCGACUCUUCCUCUCCACCAUUGCCCAAUGUCCACUAGGGUUCCUGAAACCAAAUUAAAUUAAAAAACAUUGAACUUCUGAAAAAAAAAAAAAGAGGAAAAGCCAAACACGAGAUUCCAAUUAGGGUUUCGUGUUCUUCUGCGUAGCUUUAAUGUCUUAUGAAUGGAGAUUACUACCUCGACUCUCACUCUCGUUUUCUCUUCUCAGCCUUUCCUCUUAGCCUCCUCUCUUACUAUCCUCUCUCUCAUACUCGCCUUCCUCACCAUCCGAUUGAAAUCCCCCAAAUCACAUCCCUCUUCUUCUCAUGCCAAGUCAUCCAAGUCUUCUAAUACCUGUAAUUGUUGCUGUUCUUGUAACGGCUCCAUAAAGAAUUCAGAUUCUUCUAUUACUGGGCAUCUCAACGGUGGUUCUGCGGGUAUGGUGGCAAUGGUAUCUGGCAAGGCGGUGGAAAGGCAAACAGGGGCGUCUAUGAUGGAGCAGUUGGUGCCUGAGAUUACGACACAUGCACUGAGUUAUUUGGAUUACCUUAGUCUCUGCAGAUUGUCUAUGACUAAUUCGUUAAUGCGAAAGGCUGCUAAUGACGAUAAUGCCUGGAAAGCCCUUUAUCACAAGGAUUUUACAUUGGAACAGGAUACUGUGACACCUGUUAACGGGUGGAAGGCUUACUAUGCGGCUACAAGAGCCAUUGUGAAUGCCAAUACAGAAUUUUAUAACAUCAUCAAAGAAAGGUCUCUUCCUGCAAUGCAUCGUUUUUGGCUUAAUGCGGAUUAUGUGAAGUGCAUUCAUGCAUCUGGGGAACUCUUCUCAGGGUAUAAUGCUGUAAUGCAGAGUUGGCAGCUUGCAUUUGAUUGGGAGCAAGGGCUAGACUUUCAGGUUAGGGAUGUACGUGCUCGGGUACUGACUGACAUGGCUUGGGUUACCAUGAAAACCUAUGUUCACAUGGACGCUGGGCCAUUUAUUGUAUCUAAUGUCUUUGAGUUCCAUAAUGGUCGGUGGUAUAUGGUGCACCAUCACAACUCAGUGAUGCUUAUUGACGGAGAUGUCGACCAACAGAUUGUGCAUGCAUAAAAAACGAGAUAAUGAUGAGUUGAUACCAGUGAUUAAAUCCAGUUGCAAAAUGGUGGUAUUUUUCAGGAAAAAAGUUCUUGAAUUUACUCUCUGAGUUUCUUCAGCGAAAAUCCUAUUAAAUAUUUCCAACCUCAGUUUUGGUUGCUGUUGGGUAGAAAGCCGUCUCUCCGUGUCUCUCUCUUUGUGAAUUUCUUUCUUAUCCUUUCUGUUUAUUUUUUAGUUUGUAAUUUUUUGGUAAAUUCAUUUCCAGUCUCUGAUAUAUAUAAAUAGAAAAUGCAAACUGUUAAAAAGUAUAGCUAUUACUCGAUGAAGCAAGGGACAGAAGAUUAGAAAUCGAAUGGAAGUCAAACUUCAAUGUUUGGUGAUGAAAUGGAUACGCUGUUAACAUCAAAAGACUUGCAGUACAGCCAGAGAGAUGAAUGGAUGAGGUGGUCAUGCUUGAACUUCAUUGAAUCCUUGUAUUUCUUUUGUGCUUCCGCAUUAAAUCAUUCUUCUUUCCCCGUUUCCUA